AAAUGCUCCUUUUCUAGCUUCGUUCUGCGACAACUAUUUGUUACCGUAUUGGUAAGGCAACAAGUUCACUUAUCGAUCCUAGAAAUACGAAUCAAUCAGCAUCUAUGGACACCAUUACUGCAAAGAAAUACUGAAUUGAUCAUCAUGAUAAAACCGAAUGUUUUUCCGGGUUCAAAAGCCGKGUUGUUGUUGAUGACAACAGUAACUGCUCUUCUACAAAAUGCUGCUUUCUCUUCUACCGAGAUCCCAGAGUUCCCGACGAAACGUUUCAUUCCCUGGRGCCAAUUAAAUUGGGUGGAGCAACAUGAUGCGAGAUUUUUGUUAUACACGUCGGAAAGCUGGAAUAGUUUCUUGGUAGCUGACAUAGAGCGCCUGUCCUACAAACAUGUUGCGGAAGCCUUGGRAUCGACCGAUGAAGUGACCUCCGAAGGCUUGAAAAGAGCCCAUAACGCGCUCUGGCACAUUGCUAUUGACCAGUUGACAUGGGAUUGUUGGAUCAACCAUUACAUYGGAAAUUCGUGGGAGGAAUUGGUCGACGAGCACAACGUGUCGUGGGCCUUUGAAGCCUUGGGUUGGAGCGAGUACACCUGGGGAAGCGAAAAUCCUGACGAUUGGCCGGAAUCAGAAGAAAAGCAAUACAAUGAAUUAACCCCUGCGGAACGGCAUGCUGCUGAUCGCAUUUGCUUACCCCAGCAACUCUGGGACGGGGUACCCCUAACACAUUGGAAUUUCGUCGACGGAAGAAGUGAUGUCGAGCUCACUUACGAGSAAAAUUAUAUAAAUCCGCGAAUAGAUGUCAUCCACAACAUAGAAGCAGCAGAAGAGGAUGUAGACAUCGUUCCAGUUGCAGCUGCUGAAACGAUCACCGAGCAUCCAUCURGUGUUCCUAGUGCUGCACCCACCAAGAACCCCAGUAUGCGACCGACUUUGCGCCCUACCUUCUCACCCACACCUUCUCCAAGUGUGACACCAAGUGUGGUCCCAACCGAAAGCCCAAGCUACCAUCCAAGCUUAAGGCCUACCGUCAGCCCAAGCAGUCCCCCUAGUGAUGGGCCGAGUUUGCAACCAAGUAGUGUGCCGACUGCAUCACCGAGUGCAAGACCUACAGCCUUCCCCAGUGCUCUCCCCAGCGAUGGSCCGAGUUUGCAACCAAGUGCAGGUCCCACCUCCUCUCCCAGCUCUCUUCCUAGCGACGGCCCAAGUAUGGAACCAAGCACUGCACCAACUUCAACACCAAGUACAAGUCCAUCAGCAUCUCCCAGUGCUCUCCCCAGUGAUGGACCAAGUAUGGAACCAAGUGCUGUGCCAAGUUUCUCUCCAAGCGUUGUCCCUAGCGAUUGGCCAAGUAUGGAACCGAGCACCAUACCAACUUCAACACCAAGUACAAGUCCAUCAGCAUCUCCCAGUGCACUCCCCAGUGAUGGACCCAGCCUGGAACCAACUACUGUACCGAGCUCAUCUCCUAGUGUUUACCCAAGCGACGGUCCAAGCAUGGAACCAAGCACAGAACCAACUAUUUUUUACGAAAUGGAGCCACAAAACUGUGCAACAAAUUUUACUCUCGUCUUGGUGACUGAUAAGUACCCGAAGGAGACUUCGUGGUCACUAACAUACGAAGCAAAUGGUAUGGUGAUUGGUGAAGGAUCAAAGUACAAGAACGAUUUCGAAGAACACGAGGAAAGCGUUUGCAUUCGGUACGACGCAUGCUAYAUGUUCCAAAUCAACGACAAAUGGGACGACGGGAUAUGUUGUAGUAAUGGMCAAGGGAGUUAUUCAGGAUAUUUGGAUAAAGAAGGAAUGGAAUCACUGCCAAUUCCAGGUCUUAACGGUGGAGCAUUUGAGACAACCCGACGACACAAGUUCUGUCUUGACGAGAAUGGAGAUCUCGUAGAAGGCCUGGGCAGUGCAAUAGGAGUGCGAUUCAAUGGGGCUUAGGGACGAGAUACAACCACAAAARUUUCAUCGUUGCCAAUUUUGACGCAACUGAUUCGACGGUUUUAAAUCAACUCGGAAGAAUUSUUCAUUGCUCAUGCUAAUCUAUGAAAAAAAUAGUUGUGACGGAGGAAACGAAAAGUCAGGAGUCCCCUUUAACAAUGCGCAGAAAAGGAAAGCGUGCAUUGAAUGUUUAUGUCUUUUGAAAAACAUCAAAAGUCAACAAGCAGCAAAUUGCCACCUCCGUCUUGUUGAAGCUUCAUUUCGACUCCAACACAAGUCGGCAUCGUUCUAGUGACAUCCUCUCAAUGCCAUAACCAAUAUCCAAGACAUGUUGUAUCGCCCUUUCUAAAAAUUAUCCUCUAAAUCGUAAAAAUAUUGUU